CUUUGCAAAAGAUAAAGUAUUUACAAUGUCUACAGGAUCUAAUUCAGACUCGGACAUCGAUAUGAAAACCAGACCUUUGAAAAAGGGGAAAAAACAAAAGAUUCCCAUAAGUCCGACGGCAGACAUUUUGAAAGAACCUAGAAAAUUAACAACAAGAGAAAUGAUUAACGACGCUUUAGGAGAAUUGAAAUCGCGCAAAGGCGUGUCAUAUCAAGCUAUAAAAAAAUACUUGGUUGAGAAGUACGAAGUUGACACUGACAAAAUGAGUUUUUAUAUAAAGAAAUAUUUGAAAAAUGCCGUCGAAUCUGGAGCCAUAGUACAGACCAAAGGCAUUGGCGCGACAGGUUCAUUUAGAUUAGCAGCAGUGAAAAAGAAAGCAGAGAAAAAACUUGAACCCGAGAAGAAACUUAAGAAAAUGGAGAAAUCUAAAAAGACAGACAAAGUUGAGAAAAUUAAAGAUAAAGAAAAGAAGAGCAAGGUAAAAGAGGAUAAGAAGAAAAUUGAAAAGAAAACCGUAACAAAAGACAAUAAGGACCAAACUAAAUCGAAGAAAGUAAAAAUAAACAAAGAAUCAAAAGAAAAAACGAAGAAACAGGAAAAGAAAACGGCUGUAAAACCAAACAAAGAUUCAAAAACGACUAAAUCGAAAGGAACCAAAAUGGCAACCCAAACUCCCGCCAAAAAGAAAACUACAAUGAUGAAACGAAAAAGCAUCGGUUCCAUAAUCAAACCGCCAAAAAUGAAACCAAAGGCGAGUUGAACAAUUCUAUUAUGAUUUUCUGUUGAUUAUUGUAAAUAAUUUCUUAGAAUGAGAAUAGAUAACAUGAUUUACAUAUA